ACCUCGAAUGCCAUUGCCACCGAAGCGAUACUUUUCCUGACAAGAGGCACUAGAACUUAGCAACGCCUUGCUGAUUUGACUCACUUUUCGGCGGUUUCGGUACAAUUUUCCAAGAUGCCGUCCUUGGAUAUCAUCGAUCACUCACCCCAGCAUCCGGACCCUUCGCCACCAAUUCCCACGGCAUCCAACUUGAUCUUGAUCGACAACUACGAUUCUUUCACCUGGAAUGUCUACCAAUACCUCAUUCUCGAAGGCGCGAAUGUGACGGUCUUCAGAAAUGACAAGAUCACGCUGGCAGAGCUGAUUGACAAGAAGCCAACUCAGUUGAUCAUUAGUCCCGGACCUGGACACCCCACCACGGAUUCCGGAGUCAGUCGAGAUGCCAUUAAGCACUUUUCCGGAAAGAUCCCCAUAUUUGGUGUCUGUAUGGGACAGCAGUGCAUAUUUGACGUUUACGGUGGAGAGGUCGGAUCCGCAGGGGAGUGGCUUCAUGGAAAGACGUCUCCUUUGACACACGAUGCCAAGGGUGUCUAUGCUGGCCUGCGUCAAGGUCUUCCAGUUACCCGUUAUCACUCUCUAGCCGGUACGCGUGUAACACUUCCGGGUUGUUUGGAGGUCACUUCUUGGGUUGCAACAGAGGACGGAUCCCCCGGUAUCAUUCAGGGCGUGCGACACAAGGAGUACACCAUUGAGGGUGUUCAGUUCCAUCCCGAGAGCAUCCUCACCGCAGAGGGUCGGACUAUGCUGCGAAACUUUUUGCAACUUCAAGGUGGCACUUGGGAGGAGAACAGUCGGCUUCAGAAGGGCUCCGCGACCAACGGCGCCGCUGCCAAGACGACAUCAUCUGCGCCGGCUGCGAGCAAGAAGAACAAUAUCUUGCAGCAAAUUUACGCUCAUCGGAAGGCUGCUGUUGCAGCUCAGAAGCUUAUCCCCUCGCAAAGGCCUGCGGAUCUACAGGCUGCGUAUGAUCUCAAUGCCGCCCCGCCUCAAGUCUCAUUCAUUGAACGCCUUCGCCAGACCCCGUUCGAUGUGUCCCUUAUGGCCGAGAUCAAGCGAGCCUCGCCCUCAAAGGGCAUUUUCGACAUCAACAUCAACGCUCCGACCCAGGCAAAGAAAUACGCCCUUGCAGGUGCCAGCGUUAUAUCCGUGCUGACCGAGCCUGAGUGGUUCAAGGGCAGCAUCGAGGAUCUGAGGGCCGUUAGGCAAGUUCUGGAUGGUAUGCCCAACAGACCAGCGAUCCUCCGCAAAGAGUUCAUCUUUGAGGAGUACCAGAUUCUUGAGGCCAGACUCGCUGGCGCCGAUACCGUCUUGCUCAUUGUCAAGAUGCUGGAGACGGAACUUCUGGAGAGGCUGUACAAGUAUUCCCUUUCCCUGGGAAUGGAGCCGUUGGUUGAGGUUCAGACAGCUGAGGAGAUGACGACAGCCUUGAAACUUGGAUCCAAGGCUAUUGGCGUCAACAAUCGCAACUUGGAGAGCUUCGAGGUCGAUAUGAACACAACAAGUAGAUUGAGAAGCAUGGUCCCGGAAAAUACCAUCAUCUGCGCCCUGAGUGGUAUCAAUAGCCACCAGGAUGUCAUUCUUUGCAAGAACGAUGGAGUCAAUGCUGUUCUCGUGGGAGAGGCCAUUGUCAGAGCGCCGGACACAACCAAGUUCAUUAGAGAACUCUGCUCUGGUACAGACGCUGAGCCUGAACCGGUCAAGACCCAGCCCCUAUUUGUCAAGAUUUGCGGAACGCGAACUCCCGAGGCUGCCCUUGAGGCUGUCAAGGCUGGCGCAGACUUUGUGGGAAUUUGCUUGGUUCCAGGUGCGAAGCGUUGCAUAUCCGACGAAACUGCCACAGCCAUCUCAGAAGCAGUACACACUUUCGUGCCUACUGCUGCACGCGCAGCAACAAGUAUCCCUACAAAAUCUGCUACAGAUUACUACACUGCGUCUGUCGCCAGGCUAUCGAGCUCGCGUCCGCUCCUCGCGGGUAUCUUCCAGAACCAGCCCCUAGACGAGGUUCUCGAGAAGCAGAAGCGCUUCAACCUGGACAUUGUCCAGCUCCACGGCAACGAGCCAGUUGAGUGGGCCAACCUGAUCCCCGUACCUGUUAUUCGGGCUUUCAAGCCGAGCAACGUUGGCAUCGGGAAACGAGGCUACCACACCAUUCCUCUGCUCGAUUCGGGAGCCGGCUCAGGCAAGCUCCUUGACGUCUCCAGUGUCAAGGAUAUUUUGGCAAAGGACCAAGAGUUGCAAGUCAUUCUUGCCGGCGGUCUCAGCCCCGACAAUGUGCUCGAGGCAGUCAAGGCUGUUGGGGAGUUUGGUGACCGUAUCGUAGGUGUUGAUGUGAGCAGCGGAGUGGAGGAGGACGGUAAGCAGAGUUUGGAGAAGAUUAGGACGUUUGUCAAGAAUGCGAAGAGCUUCAGAUAAGUGUUCGCUGAAUGAAUGAAUGAGUAUUUGAGAUUCUACCAAAUAAUUUACAUUGAAGACUGUGUGCAUUGUA